UAGGAUGAUACACACGCUAUUAGAGUAGACAACCCAGGUGCUAUCAAGUAUCAGUCAGUAACUCCUAAAGGUUCGAUUUGAGAUGCUCUACACGCAAACAAGAAGAGCUUAUCGGCCGGCUUAUCGCGGCGCCUCUCUGCACAACUUGGCAACAGAUGAAGACCCGGCCAGAGCAGCGUUCGCGUGCGUCUCCGGACACGGUCACACCUAACACCUUGCGCCCAUGCACCCCCUCUCACUUACUCUGACGACAAAGAAAACAUUACAAAAUUUCCUUUACGACCAGUUCCAGUCGCUCGGUUCGCACUGUGAUCCGCUGCUGAGUACUACCGCCAUAUACUCGGUCACGCAAGUACACGUUUCGCAGUCCAUUUGAUCGAUCAGGGUCGCUUCCAAUUGCACAGGCAGGCAGCACAGCAGGGCAGCCAUGGGACCGUCCGGGUCCGGCAGAAGCUGGCUCGUCGUCCUCGUCGUCGUCUCUGCAACCCUCUGCGCCCAUGCGUCAGCUGCGGCGUCCGACACGACGACGACCGUGCUGGCGGCGGAGCGCACGCGGCGGAAGGACCCCCUGGACGGGCUCAGGUACUACACCGGCGGCUGGAACAUCAGCAACAGGCACUACCUGGCGUCGGCAGGUUUCAGCGCGGCGCCCGUGUUCGCGUUCGCCGCGCUCUGGUUCAUCGCGGCGGCGGCGGCGCUCGUCUGCUGCUGCUGCUGCUUCUGCUGCCGCGGCGGCGGCAACGGCAACAGCUACUCCUACUCGCGCCGGGUGUUCGCGCUCUCGCUCCUGCUGCUGCUCGCCUUCACAGCCGCAGCCGUCGUCGCGUGCGCGGUCCUGUACGACGGGCAGCGCAAGCUGAGCGGCAGCACGACGGCGACGCUGGACUACGUGGUGGGCCAGGCGGACGGCGCCGCGGCCACCAUGCGCAACUUCACGGCCCUCCUGGAGGCGGCGAAGACGGCGGGCGGCGGCGUGGCCUCGCUGCCCCCCGACGUCGCGCGGGGCGUCGACGACGUCGCGCGCCGGGUGGACGCGGCCGCCGACGCCACCGCCGCGCGCGCGGCCAGCAACUCCCGCAGGAUCCGGACGUCGCUGGACGCCGUAAGGAAGGUCCUGAUCGGCGUCGCGGCCGUGAUGCUGGCCCUCGUCCUCGUUGGCUUCGCGUUCUCGUUGACGGGGAAGAAGUCGCUUGUGUCCACAGCGGUGUUUCUUGCAUGGAUCAUAAUUACGGCGACCCUAAUACUGUCCGGCACUUUCCUUCUCCUGCACAACGUGAUAGGAGACACCUGCGUGGCGAUGGACGAGUGGGUGGCCCAGCCGCAGGGGCAGGGGCAGAGCCACACCGCGCUGGACGACAUCCUGCCCUGCGCCGACGCGGCGGUGACGGCGGAGGCGCUGCGGCGGAGCAAGGAGGUGAACUACCAGCUGGUCUCCAAGCUCAACCAGCUGCUCUCCAACGUGUCGAACGGCAACGUGCCUCCGCAGGCCGGGCCCCCGCUCUACUACAACCAGUCGGGGCCUCCCGUGCCGCUCCUCUGCAGCCCCUACAGCGCCGACCUCUCCGACCGGCCCUGCGCCGUCGGCGAGGUCACCGCCGCCGACGCGCAGCAGGUCUGGCAGCGCUACGUGUGCCGCGCGGCGGCGGGGUCGGGCCGGGAAGAGGUGUGCUCGACGGCGGGGCGCCUGACGCCGGCGAUGUACUCGCAGAUGGUCGCCGUGGCCGGCCUCAGCGACGGGCUGAGGCGGCAGUCCCCGGCCCUGGCCGACGUCGCGAGCUGCGUGACCGUGCGGCGCGCGUUCCGGACGGUGGGCCAGCGCGGCUGCCCCCCGCUGCGGCGGGACAGCCGCCGGGUGUACCAGGCGCUGCUCGCGGCGUCGGCGGCCGGGAUGCUCGCCGCGGCCGCGUGGCUCGUGCACUCCCGGGAGCGGCGGCGGCGGCGGGACAGCGAGCGGUUCAAGGUGUCGCCGUACAGGCUCCCCAUCGAGGACAAGGUGCUGCUCAACAGCCCCAGACGGCCGUACAGGCGAGUGUAGCUGUAGUGUAAACACAAGCUUGGUCAUCGACCAGACGCUGACGGAUCGGAUCGGACCUCUCGAGCACAGUGACGACGACGGUCCAGUGCAGGUCCGGUAGGGGAGAAAAUGGAUUCCGAGCAGUUUUGGCAGUACAAUUCUGUAAAGUAUAUAAAUGUGUCCUUGUACUGUGGUAACUGUACAUGAGUGGCUACGCGAAUAAGGUACCUUCUUGGAUUGGAUCAAACCACACCAGUGUGCCUGUUUGAUAA